AAAUCAGCGAUUCAAUCAUAUGAAUACGACGAUGAUUGCACCGAAAAUCCGAUGAAAGAUUAUGAAGAUGAUGAAAUGAAAUUCAAGUAUGCCGAAACAUUGGAUCUGUGCAUGGAACAACUGUUUUCAUUUAUCGAUAGAGAAUAUAGCCGUGAUACGAACAGAAAAAGGAAAUUGAAAGAUCUUCUGCUGGACAUAUUCGAAAAUUUGAUACUACCAACGUACAACAGUCAUCACAUUCAAUUUUCCAUAUUCUACUAUAGCAGUUUCAAGCCUGCCAUCCUGCAAUCAUUUAUCGACACGUGCUGGUCAAAAUUGAACAAUUUCAACGAAGCGCCGCUAAUUCGUCGAACAGCAGUGUGCUACAUAGCCAGUUUCAUGUGUCACGCCAAAUUUGUAACGAACAAGGAUAUCGAAUCGAAUCUACAGUCGUUAUGCGAAUGGGCGAUAACGUACAUGGAGAAUGCGUACACAAUGCUGAACAAUAUCAAUGCCAUGAAAGCUCACAUUGUUUACUAUUCGGUGUGCCACGCCAUAUUCCACAUAAUUGCAAUCCGAAUCGAUGCGGUUUCGGAUCGAAGGGCUAAAGAUUUGGGGCACCAGAAUCGUCAAAUCUCCGUUCAAUCCGUUACGCGUCUGUCACAACGACACUGCGACAAUAUUCGCGAGCGUCACGAAAUCGCAUCAACUGGUUUACUCCAUGCCGACCAGACCCUAGACAUAAUCAAUCCGUUCGACGCGUAUCUGCUGAAGAAAUCGGGUAAGCGAAUAUCGGCCAUUUAUUGGCAACAAUUGGUGCCGUCUGAUGAGGACAAUGACAUUGAUGAUGCGCUGAAUGUGAUGGACCGGAAACGGGUUCGGCUAGAGUCGUUAAGUGAUGAGUAUUUUAUUAAUCCGAAGAAAGUGAUGGUUGAGAUAUCCAGGAGCCUGGAAAAGGAUGUGCAUUUUUAA